AUUUAUACGGAUAUGUUAAAAAAUUAAAUAGUUUAUGAAGGAGAGAGAUAGAAAGUAAACUCACGUACCAUGUUUUUCACUUCAUGGUCAUGACUAAAAUACUUCAAUUGAGCAUUGAAAGUAGUGGAGGCCAUUGGAGUUGUCGCUACUAAAAUAUGUUGGCGCGAUAUCUUGUUUCGCGUCUUCCAUGUAGGCUUGGAGGCUGCACCGGCAACUUCCACACUGGUUUGAGUUUGUGUGUCGCGCCACCCGCUGCUGAAAAGCACAUACAGCCUGUAGUUGAUCAUCUUGUCAAGGCUGAGUCAGCGGCAAAUAAAUAUGAACAAGAUGUUGAAAAUUCUGUCUCCAGGUGGGAAAAGUCCCACGAAAUAUAUUAUGGCAAGGAACGUGAUUUUAAGAAUUUUCCUACAAUCAAGUUUGCUGAGACUUCACCCAAAAUUAGAAUGGGUGUUUUCCCUGAUUAUUGGUUUCAACCAUUUUACAAUAAGACUGGUGUAACAGGUCCAUACAUGUUUAUGUUUGGGUCUUUUAUGUUUUUGAUUAACAAGGAAAUAUGGGUGUUUGAUCCUCACUUUCUGGAGUUUACGACAUUCGUAAUAAUGUCUACAGUGUUCGUUAAGUUAUUCGGACCUCGUGCUAAGAAGUUCAUGGAGGAUCUUGUUGAAAAAGAUGAGCAAGAGUUGUAUUACAAUCCAAUCAACGAAGUAAAGGGUUAUUUGGACAAUACAAUAAAGACAUCAGAGGUGGAAAUGAGCAGAGCGACAGCUGUUUCUGAACACGUGAAGGCAAAAGAAGAAAAUAUAGCGUUACAACUGGAAGCUGCCUACCGUGAACGCCUUCAAAACGUAUAUCGAACAGUCCACCGUCGCUUGGAUUAUCAUGUUGAACGUGAAAAUACGCGAAAGCGUUAUAUUCAACAUCAUAUGGUGAACUGGGUUGUAGACCAUGUGGUCAAAGGAAUAACGCCUACUCAAGAGAAGGAAACUCUUGCUCACUGUAUCAAUGAGUUAAAACGACUAGCACAAACAUCUAAAGUUAUAGCCACCGCAUAAUAGCUAUCCAAAAACAACAGUAAUGAAUAUUCACAGAUGUCAGUGGUGUUGAAAUAGCUUAUUACAAAUACAUAUAUGUUAGUAGUAUAUUUAAAAAAAUUUUGUUUUACGUUAAUUGCAAACUAUUUUUUUAUGCAAAUGGAUGUACUUAGUCCUAAACAAGUUAUAAUAGAAGUUUUAUAUGUGUUAGUUUGUUUACUCGGGGUUAUUUUGACCCUAAGACAGGCAUUCAGGCGUACCAUUUUUAACUUAAUGUAAUCACUUUAAAUCUUGAAGAAUAAAAAAAUGUUAAUCUUAGGUACAUCAUCACGAUUCCUUUGGUCGAGUCCAAGAGAUAAUCAGUGGCUUGAGGUGUUAUCAGUUAUAGCUAAAAAUCGUAAUCAUUGGCGAACAUG